GGGCCCCGCCCCCUGCCUUCUCCGCCAUGUUGUUUCUUCCUUCGCCAGCGGCCGGUAGCGGCUUGGCCCGGCCUCGGGACCGGCGGCGGCUUCUCCUUUCCCGCGGGCAGUGCUCCGUUCACUUCUCUCUCCGCCGCCGCUGUCCGAGCUCUGCCGGCUACCCGGUGCUGGCUCGGUGCCUGCCGGCCUCCGGGCCGUAGGAGGGGAGCCCCGGCCGGCCGUCAUGUCCGUCCCCUUCCCCGUGGCCGCCCUGUGGUUGCCCCCUUGCCGGGCCGGCGGUGGGAGAGCGCGGCGGGCGCUCCGCGGAGCCGGUGCGGACGGCGGGGCCGUGUGGCGUGACCGGGGAUCCCGUGACUGCGGGGCAGGCGGUGACUCCGUGGGGGAAACGGCUCCUGCCGGGCGCCUCCCGGGAGACUCCCUGUCUCCGGCUCCGCGCUGCUUCUUCAGGACUGAUAAAGAUCUCUCUGAUCUGCUUGGGUGAAACUCGGUGUCGUACCUGUCAGCACCUUUCAAAACUAAAAGAAAAUGGUCCCCUUAUUGCCUUUUCCCGUUGCUGUCCGCUGAGGAAGAGCUGCUGUGUUCCCAAGCAGAGCCCGAGCAAUUCGCGUUACGUUUUUAGUUCUUCUUUUUCGAACCGGUGACUUGAUGUCGCUCUCCUCUGCAACGGCCAGUUGCUUUUCUGAUCGUGGCAGAUGGCUAUGGAAACUUAGAUGUGGUGCUGGCAGGAGAACCAAAGGAUUAAUCAGGUUAAGAUUAUUCGAUCGCUUACGCCUGAGAGGUUAAUGAGCAGUUUUCAGUAUUUCUGGAAACUUGCAGAUCUUCUGUAGGUGACAAUAAUAACUGCUCUGUAGUGAUUGAGGGCUGAGAGAUGUAAGAACUCUACUAACAGUCUAGGAAAUCAGGAGGAUCUACUUCCAUAACAAUGGCAGCAAAAUCAUUGCUCCUCAAAGUAAUCCUGCUAGGAGACGGUGGAGUUGGGAAGAGUUCCCUAAUGAACAGAUAUGUCACCAACAAGUUUGAUGCACAGCUGUUUCAUACGAUAGGUGUGGAAUUCCUAAAUAAAGAGUUGGAAGUUGAUGGACAUUUUGUUACAAUGCAGAUAUGGGACACGGCGGGUCAGGAACGUUUUAGGAGCUUGCGGACUCCUUUCUAUAGAGGUUCUGACUGUUGCCUGCUAACCUUCAGUGUGGAUGACUCUCAAAGCUUCCAAAACUUAAGCAACUGGAAGAAAGAAUUCAUUUAUUAUGCAGAUGUCAAGGAGCCUGAAAGUUUUCCGUUUGUCAUACUGGGUAACAAAGUUGAUAUCGAUGAAAGGCAAGUGUCUACAGAAGAAGCCCAAGACUGGUGCAGGAAUAAUGGCAACCAUCCCUAUUUUGAAACCAGUGCAAAAGAUGCCACUAAUGUUGCAGCAGCCUUUGAAGAAGCCGUUAGAAGAGUUCUAGCCUCCGAAGACAGAUCGGAUCACUUUAUUCAAACAGAUACAGUAAACCUUAAUCGGAAACCCAAAACCAGUUCAUCUUGUUGUUGACUUAAAAUUUAUUUUUUUUUUUUUUGGGCCAAAUUACUUUUGACUAGCUUGCUCUAUAAUAGGAUGGGGAAGGCAUAGUAGAUAAAAUAGCAAAUGGGUUUCACUCUAAAAUUAAAAUUGUAAUAUUCUGCUGCUUUCUUGGGGGAGCAAAAGAAAAAUUUCCAUUCAUGGGUGACCCAUUAUUGAAUUAAUGACGCUUUCUGUUUAGGAAGGUGUCAAGUAAAACCAUUGAUAUAAGAAUGUAAUUUGCCAACUUUAUUCAAAUGAUAAAUACUUUGAAUAUAAUUAAAACUUGAAAGUUCUGAAGCACUACUUUGGAGAAACUGUUCUGGAAUUCAGGCACAAAGAUACUUUUAUAUGUGUAUAUUUUUAUGAAAUCAGCAUUCCACUUUUGUUUCACUGAAGUCAGUUUCUUAACAAUGCUACAUAUUAAACUUCAGUCUCACUACAUUCCUUUUGCUGUGAGUGGUACUUCAUCUCUAACGUGUUUAUUAUAAGUUAAUAUAAAUUACCUUCAGGUCUUCUCUAAUUGCCUAAUGUUGCUAUAAUUUGUGUAGGUUUUUAAGUAGGAAAUAAAUUUCCUACGUAUUUAAUGUCCAUUUUCCUUUCAUUUACUAUUCUAAUGCUGUACAAAUUCCUCCAGCAGUUUAAUGCAAGAUACUGAUGAUUUUUUAAGUUAAUACAUGUCUCUGCCUUAAGUCCCAUUCUAGCAUGUAUCUGAUCAAUAAGGUAAAAAAAUCUGAAUAACAGAAGUAUAAUCAUUUUUAGUUACAAAAAAGAUAUUCUUUAUUCAGUCAGCUUUAAUAGCACUUGAAGGGAUCCACAUUAUGACGAAUUUCUAAGAGAACGUUUAGUAUGCAGCCUUAAAGUUCCAAACUUCUUGUUCCUGUUAACCUAUGAGCUAUGAAUGUGUUUACGAGUAAUCUCUGCACUGUGAAACUAAGGAUUGGCAAUACGUAGAGAACUCAGGAAGCUUUUGACUUAAAGUAGAUUGUGACAGCUUUCAGCCCUAAUACAAUACCUACAGCUAGUGUUUGAGCUGAAUUUGAUCCUUAUUUAAUUUGCUAUUUUAGGAUAUGGGCUUAAACAUUUAAGACAAUGUCUUUUAUAUUACUGUACUCAUUACACGAUGAACAGAAGGAAAUUCUGUAUUUGUAGGACACUCUUUCUGCAGUAAUGCAGGUGAAACCACAGAAGUGUAUUUGAGGCUCUCCAUUGCAGUUAAAUGGUAGAAUACCUGUUUCGGAAGUUGUUGAAUGUUGGUGCGCAGAGUACCCACUGUCCUUGUAACAGCAACCCUGAUUAGCGCACUGUUGCUUCAAUGUGUAAUCUGACUGCUAAAAGGCAUGCGCGUACACACGUUGUGGGCUUCAAAAGGAAGUCUGAGGCCUGUAGGACAGGCCGUGUUAUCUGCUAAACUACACAGACUCUGCUUUCUGUACAGUGAUAUUUUUUGUUCCAAUAGAAAAGCCUUUCUUGAGAGUACAGUAACAGCAAGAGUUUUAUCUGUUCACUCUGUAACAGGUGUAAUUAUUUGGAAGUAAAGCUUGCAAAACAAAGCCUUCUUGUCGCUCUUUAUACACUUUUCUGAAUGUAUUGUAUUCUUGCUUGAACCUGUCCAGGACUUUAUUCCACAGAUCUGCUGCUCCUGCUUCAAAGUGGCAUCUUUUUACCUUUUGUAUGUUCCUAAGUCUAACUAAUUCCUACAGUCCUGCAUAUACAGCAACAGAACUGUUUCAAGCUUCAGUCACAUAACAGCGAAAUACAGGUUGAGCUGCUACUUCUGUUUCAUUUCUAGUCAAUGAAUGAAAAGAUCUGUGAAGAAAAUCUUAGCUAAAUCCCUCUUAAACUGAGAUAGCAAAAAGCUUUAAAAAAGACUGCUUGUGUCUUCUGCUGCUAAGGGGGCUGCUAAGCUAGUGAUGUCAAACUUGUAAAACUACUACCUUACUACUUAAAGCUUCCUUUAAUGUUCUUUUUAGCAGAGGUUAAGGUUGAAGCAGAACAGGGGAUGAAGUUACCGUGACUAGGGUAGUACAGAUACGAUUCAAGUAAGAUUGCUAAAAAGAAACAAUUAAGAAUGAGAACCAUUGUGAUCUUUCUUGUGCCUAAGCCUCCAUCUGUGUUUUCCCAUCUGUCCCCUUUCAGUGUAAAAUCAUGGCUACCAAGCUUCCAUCUGAGAAGCAGGCUUAAUAAAGUUAAAUAAAACUUAAUACAA